GUCACCCCACUGCCCCAUUCGGAGGAGAGGGGGGUUAAUCCAAUAAAGAGGAGCUGCAGCAUCGCCCUCUGCCUCUUCUCCAGCAAGAGACACCAGAACACUACUCAGCCCAGCUCAGCCCAGUAACACCAGCAGCACCAGCAGGAGCUGCAGUCUGAUACAGAAUGGCAGAGCGCUAUGACUGCCAUUACUGCAAGGAGUCACUGUUUGGGAAGAAAUACGUUCUGAGGGAGGAGAACCCAUACUGUGUCAAGUGCUACGAAAGCCUCUACUCCAACACCUGCGAGGAAUGCAAGAAGCCCAUUUGCUGCAACAGCAGGGAUCUGUCCUACAAGGACCGGCACUGGCACGACGACUGCUUCCACUGCUUUAAGUGCAACCAGUCUCUAGUGGACAAGCCCUUCUCCACCAAGAACGAGGAGCUGCUCUGCACUGAGUGCUACUCCAACGAGUAUUCAUCCAAAUGCUACGAAUGCAAGAAGACCAUCAUGCCUGGCUCUCGGAAGAUGGAGCAUAAGGGCAACAGCUGGCAUGAGACCUGCUUCACCUGUCAGCGCUGCCAGCAGCCCAUUGGCACCAAGAGCUUCAUCCCUAAAGACAACGCCAACUACUGCGUGCCCUGCUUCGAGAAGCAGUUUGCUUUGCAGUGUGUGCAGUGCAAGAAGCCCAUUACCACCGGAGGCGUGACCUACCGUGACCAACCGUGGCAUAAGGACUGCUUCCUGUGCACCGGCUGUAAGGAGCAGCUGUCAGGCCAGCGCUUUACAUCCAGGGACGACUUCCCCUACUGCCUAAACUGCUUCUGCAACCUCUACGCCAAGAAGUGUUCCUCCUGCACCAGCCCCAUCAGCGGCCUCGGGGGCAGCAAGUACAUUUCCUUUGAGGAGCGGCAGUGGCACAACGACUGCUUCAACUGCAAGAAAUGCUCCAUGUCUCUGGUGGGGCGUGGCUUCCUGACUGAGAGAGAUGACAUCCUGUGUCCUGACUGCGGCAAAAAUAUCUAAGCUAACAGAAUCAGCAUGGAGAUAAAACAUCAUAAUGAAGUCUGCUUUAAAUCUAAUCAUAACCUAGCUGUCUUUUAUUUAUUUAGAUUUUAGAUUCAUCCACUUAAUCUCUUUACCGUAUUUAUGUAUCCAUCUUCUUCUAAUAAAUAACUUAGCAUCAUUUUAUUAGAUUAGAUAUAAUUUCUUAAGAAUAUGUUUUGUGUGAAUUGAGUUGAAUGUGUGCCAAACAGGAGUAAUAUAUGCUCAUUAAAAGAUUUGAUCUACCAGUGCUGAAAUUACAUAAAGAAUUAGCUUAUUUUUGCAAAUUUCUAAUAUUUUAUGUGGACACUAACCAAUUUUUGUAUUAUCAGCUUUUGUGUUAUCUGAUUAAAAGGUAUGUACGAAGUGUCUUUUUGCUUCAGCUAUUAAUAAAAAUAAUAAGAUUAUUCAAGAAAUA